CCUCCGCCAUGGCGACCGUGCUGUCCAGGGCGCUCAAGCUCCCGGGGAAGAAGAGCCCAGACCUGGGGGAGUAUGACCCUCUCACACAGGCGGACAGUGACGAAAGUGAAGAUGAUCUUGUGUUGAACUUGAACUUGCAACAGAAGAAUGGAGGGGUCAAAAAUGGCAAGAGUCCUCUGGGGGAUGCCCCGGAGCCCGACUCGGAUGCCGAGGUCGCAGGGGCUGCAAAGCCACAUCUGUCAGAGGUCACCACGGAGGGGUACCCCUCAGAACCCCUGGGGGGCCUGGAGCAGAAGGCAGCCUCCUCUGUUGCCUCCUAUGCACGCACCUCUCUCUUCCUGCUGACGGUGGUGAUCGCCAUGAUCCUGGUGCUCGUCUGUGCUUUUCUGAUCCCCUGUCCCCCUAGGGACCUGCAUAGCACUUGGAGUCGCCACUUGGGCCCCCAAGGAGGCGGGGACCUGUCUCCACUGGAAUUGGCCGAUGUGAACGGAGACGGCCUGCGCGACGUGCUUCUCUCCUUUGUGACCUCAAGGAAUGGGAGCGCUGUUGGUGCCCCGAGGCCAGCUGCUCUGCUCGUGUGCCUGUCGGGGAUGAAUGGCAGCACGCUCUGGUCCAGUCCCCUCCCUGAGGAGGCCCGCCAUAUCACAUGUUUGGAUCUGAUGCCAGGAAGCAGUGCUGAAACCAUCUGCCUUGUGACAGGGACACAAAAGAUACUCAGUGCAUUCAAUGCGACAUCAGGGAAAGUCAUUUGGACUUUAAACUCAAACUACUUAUCCAACGGUACCCUGGCUGCCCCAGGUGUGGUGCUGCCUGACGUGGAUGAAGACGGCGUUCGAGACCUUGUGGUUCUGGCCAUUGGGGACUCACAGCCAGAUCUGUGCUUUCUGCUGGUGUCUGGCCGGACAGGGAGUCCAGUGGGCCGACCUGUGAAGUACAACAUCGUGGGAGUGGGAAAUCUGAUUGGCCCUCAGGUUUACAUCACCACCAGUGGGGCUGUCUACAUCCUGUUUGGCUUUGGAAAUAUUCAAGCUGUCGCCCUGCGGGACAUUUUUGUUCAGGCCCAAAAUCGAGACAGCUCACCACCUUCUCUGCAGUUAGAAGAACCAGAAUGGGAGAAGCGGAGAUCCAUCAACCUGUCUGAGCUCAUUGACAUUUACAGUGACGGUGUUGAGCUACUCCAGAUGGUGAAGGCGCCAGAUUCCAACUGCAGCAACCUCCUGAUUACAACCACGCAAAGCCUGGUCUUGCUCCGGGGGCAGAAUCUCACACCUUGUUGGACAUUGAGUCUUCAAGGCCUGCACAGCCAGCCUACUCCUGGGUAUUUCACGGAUGAUCAGACGUUAGACUUCCUUCUGCAGAUCCAGGAUGGAGUUGGGAUGAAAAAGAUCAUGGUGGUGGAUGGGGACUCAGGCUCUGUUGCUUGGAGUUACAGUGUUCCAUGUCACAUGAAAGAAACCCCUACCACCUCAGCAGUCACCUCCGACCGGAAGUCUGUCUUCCUCUUCUGGGCUGAAGGGCUGUCAGCCGUGUCUCCCAGUUCUGGUCAGGAGGGCACCCUCGGAACCGAGCCACCCGGAUUUUACCAUCUUUACCUCCUGCAUCCAGCUUUCCCCUCCAUUCUUCUGGAUCUGGCUAAUGCUACGGGCACGGUCACAGCUUCGGAGGUUGGAAUUAACGACCUCUGGAAAGAUGCCUUUUAUGUUACCAGGACAGCAGGGCCAGGCUCCGAAGGCCAUCCAGCGCCCCUGGUGGUCAGCAAGCUUAGUCUGCGGUGGGCACUGAUGGAGGGCCAAGUGGUCCAGCUAAAGGAGGCCACCCCCAAAAUUGGCCGUGGGGAGCUGCGGAGAUUCCUCUCCAGGAUAAAGUUUGUUGAUUUUCCCUACCAGAUCUAGUCUGAUAGAUUCUUCAGUUUCAGAAGAAGUGAAUGGAAGAAUGUUGUCUCUCUGCCGUCUCUUUGGAGAGAAGGAAGCCUGCAGCAGCCUCGUCCACCACCUCUGCGGAUCGUUGCGAGGCGCUUGGGAAGGUGCCUGGGAGUUCUCCACUCAUGACAGUGCAGUCCAUUUGGCUUGGCUAUCUCACCUCCCUUUCUGGUCUCCCCGCACUAACCUCCCUGUAGGCACUCUGUGGAUAGUUUGGAAAUGUGAAUAAGUGUUUAAAUUUGGUGUGUCUAAUUUAUGAACUCUUUCUGGGGAAUCCCCGUGAAGCCCCACACCUAGGGAGCAUUUUGUUCUGCAUCAUGCCACAUGCGUGUAUUUUUCAGUGUUGUGGUGUUUUCCAGAUAUGUCCUCAGACAGGGACUUGUCUUGUCCCUUCUGAGGUGCAUCUGACUGGUUUACAGAAUGUGGGAGAUGGAGGAGCCCAGCAUUUUCAUCUCCUGUCUUAGGUAUCCUGGCUCCUCACACUUUGCAUCUGUAUUGAUUUAGUGACCUAAGAAUAACCAUAUUCCUAUCCGAAGAGAAGUAGAGGUAAAACAAUCCUCCUUUGGCAAAGUCCAUGUUCUAUGGUGGUUCUUCUGUUGAUUAUCGGUUGGUCCUUUUUAUUGCAGUAACUUCAGAAGUGCUCAUGUUCUCCACUUAGAGGCAGGGAGUCAGGCAUGCUAGAGGCAGCUGCCCUUGUCCCUACUCUGCGCUCUGAGCAGAUGUUCCUAUCGGGUGUAUCCUCCUUCCCUCUCUCUCAUUCUCUCUCUCUCUGCUCUUUUUUAUUCAGGGAUAUUUUUGCUUUGCUUGCAUGAGAGCAAAGCUGUUUCUGGACUUUUCCUCUUGCUACUUGAGCCUGGUAUGCAACCAUUUUCCCUGCACAUCUCCUUCCUUAUAGAACUUUUGAAGUGUUGUAUUUUGGAAAAAUUUCUUUGUAAAUACUCUUUUAUAAUUGGUUAAGUUCUUUAGAAUGAUCUCUAGUGCUUACAUCUCCCUUUUUCUAUCAAAAAUUACUUCUAUUGAGUUCUCUGCUGAACUUCCAGGUCUUGUUUAUAUAGCAGAAAACCCUAAAUUAGCUGCUAGAGAGCUGCUUUUCUUCCCCAUUUUCCUAGGUCAUCCCUGCGGACAGUGGGUUCUCCCUUUACUUGGGGCUGUAUCUUUUUAGUUUGUGUUAAUAAAGGGAUUUUAGAAAAUUUAAGGAUUCCAGAGUUAGGGAUUCCAAAUUUAAAGGAACGUAUAUUGAUUGCCCACUGGUAGGCAUCAUGCUGUAAUAGGAAGUUGAUAAAAAGAGCUCCAGCAGGCUUGUUGCCUGGCCUUGCAGAUUGGCUUUGCCAGAUUUGGGGGCACCCACCUCCCCUUACCUUAAAUCCCUGAAAAAUCAGUUUCAGCCCUUCAGGAGAGCCCAGCAUAUUGUAGCCUUGUGUGUGUAUGUGUGUGUGUGUAUGUGUGUGGUGGUGGUGGGGCAAUUAGGAUCUCCCAAGAGUUUGGGGAUUAUUCCAGAUUCAUUUCUAGGACUGGAAUCUACCUGGGGAGAAGCACCUAGGGUGUAGUUUGGUCUAGUAGAGAAUUCUAAGGACUAAUUUAUAGUUAGGUGAAUACCUGAAACUUGGGUAGUGGUCCUGCAGCUUGGCUGAGCCAUCUGGGCCUAAUCCUGGUUCUCCUGCAUGUCCAGGGAAGCCAGCCACUCUAGGCUGGAACCAAAUGCAAAGUCGGUUCUUCAAAGCCUGACCUCAGGGAAUUGUUCUGAGGGUAAAGACUAUUAUGCCAGGGAGCCCUAGAAACACUUAAGGGGAACCUAGAAGAAAAUGAUGCUUCUAAAUUCUUCAGGGUGUUUUGGCAAAUUAACUUCGCAUUAACAAGAGGCGUUUGAAUCUGUCCUUGCUAAACACGAUACAAACUCUGGGUUCCUUGUCUCUUUUGAAAUGGGUGCAAAUAGUGGCUAAAGACCGAGGAAGCUUCACCUCACCAGCGAGUUGCUGGCCUUUUGUCAGAUUUGUCCCUAAUAAACUUCCUUCUCCUCGUGGACAGUGAGGAUAGGCAGUGGUCCUUUCUCUUCCCACUCCCAGCACAAGUUGCCCGUAAAACUACAACAACCACUACUUAGAGGAGUGACUUCUGCAAAUGCCAGGGUCUUUCUUUCUCUCCUCCCAGUCUCUCCUCUUCCCUUUCCUUGCACACCCUCCCCUUUCCCUAGAAGGUACCAUGUGCUGGCCCUCCUGAUGUGGUUCUGGUGAUAUCAACCCCCUUGAAUGUGAAUUGCUAUCUUUAUUGCCCGUAUUAAAGGAGAGCCAGCUGGUAUAUUGUCAGGAAGCACUAUUUAAAAUGUGAAUUGUUACAGAACAAAUAAAUGCUACAUGUAGGAACACACGCGUGUGCCAUUGUCAUCCUUAGCCAUCCAGG